CGCGCGUGUGUGUGUGUGUGUGUGUGUGGUUGAACUCUUCCUGGUUCAGUUCUCUGUUAUUAUCUCACUCUUCACUUGUUGUAGUUGUAGUUGUUGUUGUUGUUGUUGUUGUUUAUUCCUCCAGUCUGACGUCACAGCAGCCCGCAGAUCGUCACCAUGUUGACAAACUAACAGCUGGAGCUUUGAAGCAGCUCGUGAGCGUCAGUUUAGCAGCAGCUCGGUCACAACUCGGUCAGUUAGCUUCCUGCUAGCUGUAGCAGCCCCGUCGCUUCCAGGUAUGUUUGCGUCCUGCUGUAACUGGUUGUGCAUGGACGCUGGUGAUGACACUGAGCAGUCUGCUGGAGCCGAGCGACGUCAUCAGUCCUACACUAACUCGGGCUUCAACAGUCAGCCGUCUCCUCCUGCACCUGAACACACCUGUAAGGCAUGUGGGGGGCACUUGGACACACCUGCAAAGAAGCAUGUGUGCGUGGACUGUAAGAAGGACUACUGCAGCCGCUGCUCCGCACAGCUGGAGCCCCGCCCCCGUCUCUGUCACACCUGUCAGCGUUUCUACGGCAACCUGCUGGAGCGGGCGGAGCUCAUGAAGCUGAAAGUGAAGGAGCUCCGGGACUACCUGCACCUGCACGAGGUCUCCACCCACCUGUGCAGAGAGAAGGAGGAACUGGUGGAGCUGGUCCUCAGUCAGCAGUCUUCACCAUCCAGUGACUCCGCCCCUGAGACCUUGACCCCCGACCCUGUGUCCAUGACCUUUGACUCACCUGACUUGACCCCUCACAGCUCGACUCCUGCCCCCCCUACCCCGACCCCUGAACCCCCGGCUGCACAGCCUGAAGCCCCACCCACAGAGACCGCCCCCACUGAGCCCGAUGUUCAGGACGAAGACCAGACCUGGGACCUGGAGGAGGCCCCGGUUUCGGGUCGCAGGGCAUCUCUGUCUGACCUGAGCUGUGUGGAAGACAUUGAGGCUCUCAGCGUCCGGCAGCUGAAGGAAAUCCUCGCCAGGAACUUUGUCAACUACAAAGGCUGCUGUGAGAAGUGGGAGCUGAUGGAGAGGGUGACCCGGCUGUACCAGGACCAGCAGAACCUACUGGCUGCCAACACUGUGAACGCUGCAGAGUCUGGCGGCGGCGGUGGCCGUCCUGCAGGUUUGGAGGAGAACCUCUGUAAGAUAUGUAUGGACUCGCCGAUCGACUGCGUCCUGUUGGAGUGUGGUCACAUGAUCACCUGCACCAAGUGCGGCAAGAGGAUGAGCGAAUGUCCCAUCUGCCGCCAGUACGUCGUCCGAGCUGUCCACGUCUUCCGGUCCUGAACCUGGGACCGACUGUCUCCAAAGCAAUAAAGUGCAAACUGAAGGGACCUUCUCCACAGAUGUGUUUAUUUUUCUAGUGUAAAUAAGAUGAAGAAUGUAAGAAGUGACCUUCUGUGAGCGUCGGCCUGCAGAGCUGCUGUUUGAACACAAACACUGAACGUACAGACCGACUCCACAUCUCUGAAUCAUCCACCAGGAAUCCUCUGUGCCUUCAGCAGCUCGUCCCCUGGACGCCGCCUCAGCGGUGAAACACUGAAGGGGCGGGGGGCGGGAACCUACCAAAGAGAAACGUUACCUCGACAGGUGAGGCGGGUCCAAGAUCAUUACAUCACCACGUUGCCUUAAACUCAGUGUAAAGCCCACAGACUGUGUUCUGGUCACAGUCGGCUCUGUUUACAGUCCGCAGUGAGCUCACACUGUAAAAAUAUCUCAGUGAUGUCAUAACCUGUGCAGCCGUCUGCGUCCCAGCGGCGUCGCUGUAUUAAAUCUAAACUAAAGCUGCUUUAGACCAGCAGCCAAUCAGAAACAGGACAUCAGCAUGGUCAUUAAACUGCCUUCAGAUCAGAUUAUCAGCAGGAUAAUAACACACACACACACACACACACACACACACACACACACACACUGAGCCCCGCCCCCAGCCUCAGGUGAUUGGUGCUCCACCUGUCAGUCACGCCUUUACCUUAAGAUGCCUGAUGGAUCUGAACGCUGCUGUUUCCCCUCAGAUCCUCUGCGUUACACCGACAUCCAUUAAAAACUCUUCAAAUACUGGAGCGACACAUUUUACAUUUUCCAAACUGUUUCAGAUUGUUUCUGUCGUCUCUGCUCCGACUGUGUCCUCAGGAGACGCACACCGUCUCAUCAGUCACUGAUUCCAGAAAGAAACACAAUUUUUAACGAAUUUUAAUAUUUAAAAAAAGCUCAGACAGUCUUCAGAUACAUUCUCAGAUGGAUAUGAAUGGAAACCAAGCGGCCGCCUCAAACAGCAGAAUAACCAAACGCCUCUGUCUAACACAAAACGACUCGACGUUUCUUCUUCUUUCUUUUGACCACUUAAGCCCCAAAACCAGCAGCUGAGACGUUGACUGCUGGUUCUGAUGUCAAGGACAAAAAGUUUAACACAGUUUGGAAAAUGUUGAGUGAUAAUGUGAAGUACUUUGAUUUAGGGAUGCACGAUAAAAUCAGUACGUCAUCGGUGACGGCUUUAAAAUGAACUACAAGAACCAGGGCUGAGCGAUAUAACGACUGUGUACAAUAUAUUGAUUUGUUAUCAAGCAGGGUAUUAAUUAAGACACUGUUUAUAUCGACAGAGGGUCAGGCUGCAUUACAUAACGCAUACCAGUGAGCACACUAGUUCUAGAACACAUUAAACACACAUUAAACACACAGUAAACAUACAGUAAACAUACAGUAAACACACAUUAAACACACAGUAAACAUACAGUAAACAUACAGUAAACACACAUUAAACACACAGUAAACACACAGUAAACACACAUUAAACACACAGUAAACGCACAUUAAACGCACAUUAAACACACAUUAAAUGCACAUUAAACACACAGUAAACACAUUAAACACACAUUAAAUGCACAUUAAACACACAGUAAACGCACAUUAAACACACAUUAAACAUACAGUAAACACACAUUAAACACACAUUAAACAUACAGUAAACACACAUUAAACACACAUUAAAUGCACAGUAAACACAGUAAACACACAUUAAACACAGUAAACAUACAGUAAACACACAUUAAACAUACAGUAAACGCACAUUAAACAUACAGUAAACGCACAGUACAUGCACAGUAAACGCAUAUUAAACACACAUUAAACACACAUUAAACAUACAGUAAACACACAGUAAAUGCACAGUAAACACACAUUAAACACACAGUAAACACACAUUAAACAUACAGUAAACGCACAGUAAACACACAUUAAACAUACAGUAAAUGCACAGUAAACACACAUUAAACAUACAGUAAACGCACAUUAAACACACAUUAAACAUGGCUUAAUAGAGACAGUCUCAAACACAAAUCAGCUUCACUAUAACUCGCAGCAUUCACAGACAAACACUUGUCUUUAUCUGGACACAUUUUCCCCACAAAUACAACAUGCUAACGUUAUUAGCACAAGCCUAUGGCAUUUUACAUUGUAUAAAUUAGCCUAGCAGCUAGCAGACUUUUCCUCUGCUCAUAUGACCCCAGGGACAACAGCAAACCUCUGCAGCUCCAGUGCUGUGUGCAGAAAGUUAACGUACAGCCCUGCAGUUUAUGUGAUAUAAUUUUUCAUGAACAUGUUGUGCAGCUGUUUAUUUUCAAACAGGAAAAUAAUCCCUGUCUUUGUAUUUUAUUUUCAUCACAAUCUGUUUUUAUUAAAGUAACUGAAGUCUCAGAUGUGGCUCUGACCUGCAGCUAAAAACAUGUAGAAAAUACAGAGAUAUAUAUCAUGUGUCGCUGGUCAGCCUAAAAAAAUACAGAGAUAUGAAUAUUUGUCCGUAGGGCCCAGCCCUGAUGAGAAUCAGCCAACAUUUUUCUUAUUAUGCACAAUGAAUGAAUAUUACAUACACUGAGCAGUAGAUAAAGAGAGAUGACUGGCUGCUCUGUUUAUACAAAAAUGCAUAAUCUUGUGUCGGGUGUUUGUGGAGAACAGGAAAUAUUAAAAAGCCUUUAUUAUGGUGGCUAAAUCAUGAAAAGAGCCGACAUGUUUGGACCACUGCAGACCUUCAUCAGGAGUUUACAAACUGUUUUGGAUCGCCUUCCUGCUGAUACUUUGAAAAGUAUUUCAUGUCUCCAUCUGCUGGUGGGCCGUCACAAUAAGGAUCUGCAUGUAUAAUAUUUAAUUCCAAUACAGAAGAAACUUGAUCACUAACAUUAGGUGGGGAAAAAAGGAUUUAUCACUUAUCACUUAAAAGUCAAAUUAGUUGUUAUAUGUUGGAUAUCAGCAAAAAACUCCAGUAUCGUGCAUCCUUACUUUGAUUUACACGCCUGUCGUUUCCUGAUGAAUCUCAAAACGCUUUCCUGAUUUAGUCAUAAUGGUGGUAUCACAUUUAGACACUCAGAUUAAUCCAUACUAAAUAACAAAAAUCAGCUCAAUGUGAAAAAUGUGAAAUGUGACUACACACAAACACAGUUUAACCUGUGGAGAAUAAAAUGUCUGAUAGUAUUUUUUUUUCCUACAGUUCGCUCAAUGGCUGCGGCUGACAGGUCGAUUCGUUAUCAGUAAAUCUGAAGUUUAUUUUUUCAGUCAAGUAAUUUGGUCUGAAAAAAGAAUCUGAGGUGACGCCGUCAAAGUUUAAAUUCAAAACCCUGAAAAUAUUGAGUUUAUUACUGGAGAACAAAAUCAGCAAGCAUGCACAGUUUUGAUCCAAAAGUUAUUUAUCAGAAUUAAUUUCCUGUUGAUCGAUUAACUGACUUAUCAUUUUGAGUUCUAACUGGCACCAGAUUACUUCCUGAAAGUCACUGAGAACUUAUUUAUAAAUUACAGGCACACGUAUAAAGGAUUUAAACUGCCGCUGAGCAUCUUAAAUUUACAGAGUUUAAGGGUUUAAAUCCCAUCUCACAUAUCAAAGAUGACAUCCUGACACAUACCAUAUUCUAGAGUCAGCUGUCUGCUGGCGCUAACCUCCCCUUGUACGUCAAACUGACUGCCACCAGGGGGCAGCAGAGACAGGAAGUGCUCACCAUCAUGUACGGCACUGGACCCAAACCUGCUGGACAAGGAUCAAUGACAUGGCAAGGACCAAACAGCCUCAACAACCAUACAUAGAUGUUUUUACUUUGUGCUAAGCUAGGCUAGCAUUUUCCCACUGCUCACAGUCUUGAUUAGCUAAGCUAACCCGGGACCAGCUUGACUGUAGCUUCCUGUGAGGUAAUUUCUUCUCUAUUUUCUCUGGGAAUUUAAGGUGUUUAGGGACCAUGAGGGAUUUUAUAUUUGUAGUUUAAAAGGUAAAAAGGCACUGUUUAUCAGAAAUGAUUCAGGUGUUAGUAGACUCAGCAAUGCAACUAAAUUUAGGGCAAUAAAGUACAAAGGGAGACAAGUUGCAUAAAAGCAAUGGGUCUGUCACUGCACUGGAUCUCUAUCUUCUCACCUGAGUCUCGAAAAGACAAAGAACAAGAUGUUUUAGUAAACGUUGGAUUGUUUUUUUAAAGUAGAUUUAAUAGAAACAACAGCGGCCCCAGGAUACUUCCCUGAGGAACGCUGGAUGUCAUCAAAGACAAAGAACAAGAUGAUUAACUAAAUGUGGGACUGUCCCUUUAAAUCAGAUUUAAUAGAAACAAAAAAGGCCCCAGGACACGUCCCUGAAGGACUCUUUUAUAUUAUUCCUAUUUAAGACAACAGCUGUGUCUCAGUUCAGGGGCUGCAGCCUUCGAAGGCUACAUUUGAAGACUGAUUGUGUCACAUCGGCGCAACCAAGGCCGUCCCAUUUCCAAAGCUCCUUCAAGCGUGGCCGAGAAAUGCAGCCUUUUUUCCCAGAAUUUGGAGGAUGCAACGGUUGAAUCCUUCGUGGCCCAGCCUAUCCCGAGAUGCAUUGUGUGCUGGUGACAAUUACAUAUUAAGUUAAGCUAACAGUUGUUAACUAGCUAACGGUUAACGGUUGUUAACAUUACUGUUAGCUAAAAGCACACAGCUUAAACAAUUUGAACUUAAUAAGUUAAAACGCUCCAUCAGCCUGAAAUAUAUCAGAUGUCAGUGUUUCCAGUGGUGAAUCAUCUCCUCAAGGACUGAAUGAAAUAAUAUGUAUAAUAACAAGAUUUAGGGCUAACUAACCUACUAGCUUAUUCCUUCUUUCGUCAAGUGCAGCUGGUUGCUAGCUAACAGUAAUGCCAAUUGGUCGGGACGAGAACAACUGGUGAUGCAACCGGGAAAUCCUCCGCAGACCAGACUGUCCCAUUUCGGAGACUGUUUGGUUUGGCUGAUGCGGUCUUCAAAGGACAUCCUUCAAAGGUUGCAGUGUCUGAACUGAGACACAGCUAUAGAACGAGAUGGUUUAGUAGAUAUUGGAUUGUUCCUUUAAAUCUUAUUUAAUAGAAACAACAGAGACCCCAGGACACCUUCCUGAGUAACUCCACAUUAUUAAAGACAGAAAACAAGAUGAUUUAAAAUGUUUUUUAAAUCAGAUUUAUUAGAAACAUCAGAGGCCCCAGGACACGUCCCUGAGGAACUCCACGUUAUUGAAGAACAAGUUGAUUGAUGAAUUCUUACCAGCAGACUCUCUGUGUGUUUGUGGUUGAACAGAAGCUUCAGCAGUUGAACUCUUUGGUUUGAAGUUGACUUUGUGUCUUGUUGUUGACUCUGAUUGCACUAAUCUGUUGACGCUGAAACAUUUUGAACUUCGUCUUUAGUUAAUUUGUUUUGGUUGAAGAGGAAGUUGUUCUGGAGAGAGAAUUGUCCUUCUUUGUUGUUGCUCUCCUGAGGUCAUUUAGGAUGAUUUUUUUUUCUUUGUGAAUUUUUUAGAUUUUCGAAUGAUGGUUGGUUUAUACAGCCAUUCUGGGAUCACAUUUAUUUCAUAUAUAACCAUUGCCUUCUGCUCGUACAGCGGCAUCAUGGCAACUCAGCUGUGGUACAUGAAGCUACGCUGCACUUUGAUUCCUCUGCUACAAUAAAAAUGAAUGACGUCAUAA